UGUUAAUUAAAUCUGGGUUUUGGUUUGUUUGACCACUUCUCUCAUUAGCCUCCCUUUCUCUUUCUCUCUUUACCUUUUUUUUUUCUCAUCUUUUUGGGAAUUUUACUCUCUCUCAGAAAUUUUUCCUUAACGUCUUUUCCGAUUAGCUUUCUUUGAUUUGCAAAGGUGUUUUCCUCAACCAACCAGAAACAAACAGGGUUUCUUCUUUCACCGUUUUGCCCCUAUAAAUCUAUCUCUCUAGGUUUGUUUGCAUGAUCUGCUUUCGUAAGAAACAUAGAAGACCUAAAUACAGUUUAGGGAAUUUGUAUAUAACAUGGGGUGUUUUACAGUUUUGAAAAGUAAGAAGAAAAAGUCUGAGCAGUCAGUUUUUGUAAAACGCAUUGCUCAUAAGGAGCAUAUUCCCACCACUCUGCCUGAGCCUCAAGUUCAGACCCGAUCACUGCAAUCUGCACCCCCAAGUUUUAGAACCAGAGUAAAACCAGUUCUACCUAAUAACAAGGCAUCCAGCAAUAGGACCCGUGCUUUAUCAGCUCCAUCAAGUCUUGAUGCCGCUGAGCAAGAUGCACUAUCAGUUGAAUUUGAAGAACAGGAAGAGUUGAAGAGUCGUGUUGGAGUAGUGAAGGAACAGAGGUCAUCAAGUCCACAACCUCUUCCACUUCCUUCUCCACGUAGUACGGUGCUGAAGUCAAUGGGAAGCUUUAAAGCAGGAAAUGCCAGUUGCUCUCUAUUUGCUUCUGGACCAUUGCCCCUGCCUCCAUCUGGAACACUACGAAACUUUGCUUACGAAGAAAUUGCAGCUGCUUGCCAUCAUUUCUCUUCUGAUCGAUGCACAUCUGAGGGUCUUUCUUCUGUUUUGUAUAAGGCUUCUUUUGGAGAUGAUACUUCAAGUUCAAAGAAGUUUGAAGCUACUGUUACUCGCCUUCACCCAUCCUCUCAGGGUUUCAAGGAGUUUAUAAAUGAAGCAAACACUCUUGCAUCAUUGCAACAUCCAAACCUCUGUAAAUUGCUUGGAUUCCAUGCACGUGAUAGUUCAGAAGAAAGAAUGUUGGUCUAUGAGAGGCUGUUUCAUGGAAGCUUAGACGGGCUUCUAUAUGGGAGAUCAGAUGGACCUCCACUUGAUUGGAAUACUCGAAUGAAAAUUGCUUUAUGUUCUGCACAAGGUCUUGCUUUCUUGCAUGAGGAAGGACCAUUUCAGGCAAUGUACAAUGAAUUUUCAACUGCCAACAUACAGAUUGACAAAGAUUUCAGUGCAAAGCUUUCAGGAUAUGGGUGCGUUGGUCAUAUCCCAGAGACAGAAGAGAUCUCCACUAAUUCAGCUGCUGUGGGAAAUCUUUCAGUAGAGACCCUGGAGAGAGGAUGGCUAACUCCAAAGAGCAAUGUUUGGAGUUUUGGAAUUGUUAUACUUGAAUUACUUACUGGCCGGAAGAACCUUGACAGCCGUCGUCCUAGGGAAGAGAGGAACCUAGUGAAGUGGAGCCGACCAUUCCUAGCUGAUGAUUGUAGAUUGUCAUUCAUCAUGGAUCCUCAGCUCAAAGGUCGCUUUCCUAUGAAAGCUGCCCGUACAGUGGCUGACGUUGCACAAAGAUGUCUCCAGAAGGACCCAACUGAAAGGCCUACCAUGAGAACCAUAGUUGAGCAUCUCAAAAUCGUCCAAGACGUGAAAUAUUCCUGUCGUUUUCCUCUACAAGAGCCAGUGGCAAUUGCUGGAAAACAGAUAUCAAGGUCACCUAGUCUUAAUGGGAUUAUUACUCCCGCACCCAGGCUAAGUUUCUCACCAUCACCACCAUCAGGAGCCCGGCUGUCAGUUUCUCCUACAAGACCACCACCUGCUUUGCCUUUCACCCUCCCACCUCGUGCUUGUUCCUCUACCCUAUCAUUAGAGGAGCUUGAAAGGCUAGAAAGUCGGAGAUCAUCAUCAGCAACCACUAGAAGACCUAGUGUGGCAGGAUUUUAAUUGUCAAUAAUAUGCAUUUUUUUGUCAUUUUUUUUGUGUACUUUCGUCUUUUUAAAUUAAACACAACGUAUAGAAAGAUAAAGAUGUGGUUCUUCCACCAUCCUCUUAUUUUUCUAGUAGACGAAAUGGAGAGGAUGCUGUUUUGUUGAUAAGAAUGCAAGCGUGAUCUAAAAAUGCGUC